CACGUGCUUAAUGUGCAGACAUUUAAAGUGUUUUAAAUCAACUAAAAUAAUAACAGAUUAAAAUACGGAAUAAUCUGAUUAAGAAUAAAAAUAUUUCGCAGCAAUUAAGUUUACUAAAAACCCAGUGAAAUUAAAUAUUUUUUUGAUAUUUACUUGAAUGCAGUUGAAAGUGUCUACGUAAAAGAAAGCGAAAGCUUAAAAUGUUUUAAAAAGGAACUGAAACCCAAAAUUGGAUAACCAUAAGCUCAAAAAGCAAAAUCACCAAAGAAUUAAAACAUGAAUUUGUACAUAUAAAAAAAUAAAUUAAAAAGAGAAUUAAGAAUUGCAUAUCCAUUCUGUAUAAUUAUUCAAAAGUGAACAAAGAAAUAAAAAACUAACACAAAAUGCUCCAUCAUCCCGCCACUGAUUUUUAUGACUUAGCCGCUGCAAAUGCGGCUGUACUGAACGCACGACAAACGCCUCCCUACAGUCCAACUAGUCUGAGUAGUUCCAGUUUAACAAAUAACAAUAACAGCUUAAGCAGUAAUAACAAUCUGGAUAUGUUGGGACACAACGGCGCCGGUAGUGGCGUCUCCAAUAACAACAAUAACGUCCACAUGGGCAGCAAUAGUGGAAGUAGCAAUGGCGCCGGCGGACGUGAAUCUUUGCCUAGCUUUGGAUUUACACAGGAGCAAGUGGCUUGCGUUUGUGAGGUCCUGCAACAAGCUGGUAACAUUGAAAGACUGGGUCGAUUUUUAUGGUCAUUGCCACAAUGUGAUAAACUGCAAUUAAACGAGUCUGUGCUGAAAGCAAAAGCCGUUGUUGCAUUCCAUCGCGGACAAUACAAGGAUCUGUAUCGUCUGUUGGAACUUCAUCAAUUCUCACCGCACAAUCAUACCAAACUUCAAAGCCUCUGGUUAAAAGCGCAUUAUGUAGAAGCCGAAAAACUGCGCGGAAGACCGUUAGGUGCUGUUGGUAAAUAUCGAGUACGUCGUAAAUUUCCACUGCCGCGCACAAUUUGGGACGGUGAAGAGACGAGUUACUGCUUUAAGGAAAAAUCUCGAUCAGUAUUAAGAGACUGGUACGCACAUAACCCAUAUCCAUCGCCACGUGAAAAACGUGAACUAGCAGAGGCUACCGGACUGACAACUACACAAGUUUCCAAUUGGUUCAAAAAUCGCAGACAGCGCGAUCGGGCAGCAGAGCACAAAGAUGGGACUUCAGACAAACAACAUUUGGACUCGUCUAGCGACUCCGAAAUGGAAGGUUCUCUAUUACAACACAGUAACAAUGGAAAUCAAGCUCAAAGCACUGGCAAUAUACAUCAUCAUCAGCAACAACAAUCACCUACAUCUCCAAUUAACAAUCAUCAUCACCAUCAAUCGCAUCAGCAACAUUUACACACAACAACAAUACAUACGAACAGUGAUAGCAACAAUGCACAAUCAUUGCUGCAACAACAGCACCAACAUCACCAGCAACAUAAUCUCAAUGCACAAUUUGUUGGCAUAUCAAAUGCAGGUGUCGGCAAUGGAAGCAACGCAGGUGCAUUGUCAUCUGUAGCCGCUGCUGCAGCGGCGGCGGCAGUGGCUAGUAAUAAAAAUGGCCCGAGUCAAUUGGCAACACCACUGUCAGCUGCGGUCGCCUACUCUCAUUUGCAUAGUGUGAUGGGUUCCAUGCCAAUUUAUGAUAUGAGCGACUACCAACAUUUAUGAUUUUAGCUGGAAUCGUCCGAAUGGACGAGACAGCAACAACUCCAUCAACAACAACAACAGCAUCAGCAAUUGCAGCAACAGCACCAGCAGCAGCAACAACAACAACAACAGCAUCUGCAAUCAGCAUCUCAAGAGCAGAAUUUUUACCUUUAAAAGGAUAAACAUGUAAAAAUUAAAUCAAAUAUCAAGCAUAUAGUAUUUAAGAUAGAUAAAAUCAAUUAUUAUUAAAAUUUAGUGAGUCCUUCGCUUUUUUAUUUAAUACAAACGACAUCUGGUAUGUACGAAUAUCCUAUAUAUAACAAAUAUCACUAUAAUUUAUAGUAAAUAGAAAAGUACUGUAUACAUCGUUAUAUUAGCAAUAUUUUUGAAAACUAGUGUAUUUAGUAAAAAAUUAAAAAUAAAUAAAUAACUACACACUAUGAAAAUAUCAGGAACAAUGGAGCACACGAUUAAUAUAUAAUAAAGUAUAUAUGUAUGAUAAAUUGAAUAUAUGUAAAUAAUUAAAAUCAACUAAAAUAAAUUAAAAACUAUUUUUAUUAAAUUUAAUAUAUCAAAUAUGUGCAAAAAUACGACAUUAUAUAGCUUUAGGCAUUUGUUAAAUUAUUUACAAUAAUUUAAAAAAUUAUUCAACUUU